AUGGCUCAGGUCUCGAUGCAAUCCAUGUCGCCGGAUGAGCCACUUGCAGACAAUAAUGCAGCGCUGAUGUAUACAUCCCCAGAGAGCCAGCAUUCUUCUGAGAGAAGUCCGCUCUCGAACUUUGGCUUCUUGAAGAACCUCGGCCUUGAUAAGAAGCAAACAAAAGGUAUGCGAGGCUCGACAAACUCUGCAGCAAACCUCUUUGUCUCUUACGCAGAAGCAGAUGGAGCAGCCCCAAAACGACGCGGGCCCAAGCCUGACAGCAAACCUGCCUUGACUCGUAGACAGGAACUAAACAGACAGGCCCAAAGGUAUGCCUCGAUGAUGCUCGAAAUGUACAUCAAGGCUCUCGAACACGAAGUCCUUCGUCUCAAGGAACUCUACGGAUCUAGCGUCUCCGAUCGUGACGCUGUUGUCAGUGAGAACAAGCGUCUCAAGGAACUCCUUCUAGCCCACGGCAUCCCACUCGACAGCCUGCAAUCACUUCCGGCUAUGCGCGGCAUGCCUGCUUCGUACAACGGCAGCUCUAGCGGCAGCAUUUCUGGCAGCUAUCGUCAAGAUUCCAGCACUGCCGGCUUCAGUCCUCCUCCCCUCCGCUCUCAGGAUUCCAAGCCCAUGGCUAGCGCCGGUCAAUUGCCCACGCAGCGUCUGGAUUACGAUCAGAUUGGCAUUGAUUUUGUUUUGACGUACGACUCCCAAGGCCAGCCUCUGAACAGGGCAGCUUAUCCCUCACCCCCGCCGAAUCAAUAA